GAACGAAUCGCUCACUCACUUGCCAACACUAACACGACAACUGCAACGACGAAAGAGGUACGUUACGACGAUGGACCUAAGUUAUCAUGUUAGCAGCACGUUAGCAACGUUAUUUGUAGUACUGCUUGGUUGCAGUACGGAAGUGCUACCACAGUGCUAGUUUUAUGAUAUUUAGCUUGAUUAUCCUCGACGAAUGUUGGAUCUGAAAUGAGCCAUUAUCACAUGCUGGUUCUUGCCUGUACCAAGAGCAAUACUGUGGAAAUACUCAAAGUCGAGGAUUAGCAGUGAUAGUUGCAGGCAGGGAUGCUCUGGAUUUUAAAUCUCAAUGUCUUUAUGCACUCGACCGGAUGAUAACGCGUAAUCACGUUUGCUAAAACGGGUCCGAGCUACGUAAAAUUUCGUUUAGUGAAUUGGGUCGCUUUAAGUUAACGUUGUAAACAAAACAAGUGGACACCUAUUGCGUGUUGUUUGAAAUGUCACACACACAUCUGGGUGUGGUGAAGUUUGUCUUCUGCAUUUAACCCAUCCCCGUGUGAUUUUGAUCCAUCCCCGGGGGGAGAGGGGAGCAGUGAGCAGCAGCGGCCCCGCGCUCGGGAAUCAUUUGGUGAUCUAACCCCCCAAUUCCAACCCUUAAUGCUGAGUGCCAAGCAAGGAGGAAAUGGGUUCCAUUUUUAUAGUCUUUGGUAUGACCCGGCCGGGGUUUGAACCCACAACCUUCCAGUAUCAGGGCGGACACUCUACCACCAGGACACUGAGCUGGGUUGUUUAAUGGCGGCCAGUAGACGCGGCAAUACAGCAGAUGAAACAACAACCCCCACUCUCCAGUCAUAAUGGCCCUCCGCAAGAAGCUAUGACUACAAUGCAGCCUGUGAAAAAAUUAGUUUGACACCCCUGUUAUAAGUGGUCUGUGCCUAUGUGUGUUGGAAGGUUACACAGCUCUGUGUGCUGUAUACGUGCUCUGAUUGAGCAGUCAUGUUUAUAUAAAAUAAGACGAAUGGCCUCGAUCAACAACAGUCCAUAGAUAAAAGUGUGAAAAUGUCUGGGACCACAGCAGAGUACGUGAAGGAAAAGGACCGCAGUCGUCGACGACUGGAACAUCUUUGGCUGCAGCCUUAUGUUGUGUUGCGCAGAGCAGACAUCAGUGAAGCUAUUCGUCCUAAGCAGGAGGAGCCAGACCUCACUCGCAUUAAAGAGGAGGAUGUGGGUAAAGAGGUCCACCACUUCAGUGAACAAAUGGAGCAGAGGUUUCUAUCCACUAUAAAAGAGGAAGAGCCGGAGCGGCCUUGUAAUGAAGAGGACUCCUGCAACAUUAGAAAGGAGGAGGAAGAUACCUGCAAGAUGCCAUUGACUGGUGUGAAGCGUUUAGAUGAGGGUCAACAUAAGGUGAGCACAGGGGUGGAGCCUCCAAGCUGCAGCUCAAGUCAACAAAUGACCAGAGGUGAUGGAGACCACUGUGGCGGAUCACAAGCAGCUCCACCGUCAGAUAGUGAUGAGGUGUUGUCACAUGUUCCUGCUGCUGCUGCUGAUGCUGCUGCUGCUGAUGAUGAUGAUGAUGAUGAUGAUGAUGAUGAUGAUGAUGAUGAUGAUGAUGAUGAUAGCAGUAGCUUGAAACAACACAUGAGAAUGUACACAAGAAAGAAAAACUUUUUCUGCUCAGAUUGUGGCCAAAAAUACUCUCAGAGGGAACAUUUAACAAUGCACAGAAAAAGCCACAGUGGCAAGAAACCUUUCUCAUGCUCAGUUUGUGGCCAGAAAUUCUCUCGGAGGGUAAAUUUAAAAAUCCACACAAGAAUCCACACUGGCGAGAAACCUUUCUCAUGCUCAGUUUGUGGCCAAAUAUUCUCUCGGAGUGGACAUUUAAAAAGGCACACAACAACCCACACUGGGGAGAAACCUUUUUCAUGCUCAGUUUGUGGCCAGAAAUUCUCUCGGAGGGCGAGUUUAAAAAUGCACGCAAGAAUCCACACUGGUGAGAAACCUUUUUCAUGCUCAGUUUGUGGCCAAAUAUUCUCUCAAAAGGAAAGCUUAAAAUCUCAUACAAGAAUCCACACUGGCGAGAAACCUUUUUCAUGCUCAGUUUGUGGCCAACAAUUCUCUCACAGGGCAACUUUUAAAACGCACACAAGAAUCCACACUGGCGAGAAACCUUUUUCAUGCUCAGUUUGUGGCCAGAAAUUCUCUCGAGGGGUAAGCUUAAAAUCUCAUACAAGAAUCCACACUGGCGAGAAACCUUUUUCAUGCUCAGUUUGUGGGCAAACAUUCUCUGAGGUGGGACAUUUAAAAACACACACAAGAAUCCACACUGGCGAGAAACCUUUUUCAUGCUCAGUUUGUGGCCAAAGAUUCUCUCAGAGUGGACAUUUAAAAAAGCACACAAGAAUCCACACUGGCGAGAAACCUUUUUCAUGCUCAGUUUGUGGCCAAAAAUUCUCUCAAAGGGUAAGCUUAAUCAGGCACACAGAAGCCCACACCUAACCCCGUUGCCUGCUCAGUCAGUUGCCAAAGAGUCUAUUGAGAAUUCUGAGUGUCUUGGGUAGAUGAGCAAUGAUCCAUGAGGUUCUCACCUUCUAUUUGAGCAGACUUUAUGAUAAUUCUAUUCUAGUGUGCACCUUUUGAUUGAGAUGCAUAACUCCUUCCCUUUACUGCUGUGAGAAGUUCAUUUCAUUUUAGUUUUACCAAUGAAUUUGAAAAUAAAGUUAACUGGCCUCGAGAUGAUAAUAGUGUUAGAAAAAUGUAUAUAUAUAUGUUAUCAUGCGUUCUCUAAUCAAUGCCUUACUGCAAUAUUACUGCAAUAUAUGCUUGCUGUUUGGCCUUGCUGUUUUUAUGAUGUACCACAGAAGGACAGUUCCUUUCUAACAAAGACCACUUUGUUAGACAUGCCUCAUUGCUGUCCUGCACCCCAGAUGAACCUCCAAGUGACCAUUAAAGUCAGGGUUUUCCUAACUAUCUUUAUCGUAGGAUUAGGUUGGAAUUUAUAUAACCAGUAAUAAAUAACUUAGCUUGUUGCCUCCUACACAAUGUCGUAAAACUUCCCUUGCUAUGUUUUAACUAGAGGUCAAAGGUUUUUUCUUUUGUAUCCAGUCCACUCAAACUCCUCUUCCCAGAUGUUCUUAUCAGUAUGUAAACAUCUAGUGUCUCACACUGUGGGUAGGGCAAAUCCAAAUAAAAAGAGCGGGAGUGCCUACAGAUUUUUAGUGUGUGUAGAGAUUGUCUCAAGCUAUCUGUACUGCACUCCUCGUGAGAAAAGACUUAAUAUUCUGUCUCACUUGUGGUUUGUUUGCUGUUGCUCUUCUAUUCACUUAUUCAGUCAGCGAAAUAAACCUGACAAAUAGUUUUGUAUUUUCCAUUAUACUUUAUUUAGUUUUUAGUUGUGUGUUCAUAUUCAGGGCAAGUUGCUUAGUUUUUAUUAGUGGCUGUUUGGGAUUUUGUAUUGCUCUGCUUUUCAUGUUCAUGUGGAUCAAUAAAAUGAAAAAUAAAAUAGUGUUGGAUAUCCCCA